CGAGAACGAGGUGGCCGGGGACUUGGAUCAUAUCUCAGGUCGACUGUUUCAUGCUGUCAGUAUGGCCCAGGUAGCCAUCACCAAGACGCAAUUUCAAACCAAGUUGAAACAACUACUAGAGAAAGAUGAUAGGGACUGCAAUCUCCUGGUUGAUGUAUACAUUGAGUUCGAAAGAUACACAAACGGAAGUUCGUUAGUGAAGGAAAAUGUCCUCCGAUUUGAUCCUAAAUUCUUUGACCAUGUGAAGAAAGGCAUUACAGAUUUGAAAGAAGUUGGCCGUCCAAUUCUUGUAAUUGGAGAGACCAGUGCCGGAAAAAGCAGUUUCCUGAAUUUGAUGAUGGGACGAAAAGUCCUUCCAGAGUUAACGGCUCCUUGUACUCACUGCAUGUGUUGUAUAAAGAAGGGCACAAAACUUGAAGCCCGCGUCAGCUCGUUUGAUGGUUCUAAACAGAGCAAUGUCCAGGUUAUCAGUGGUGAUGGUAUCAAAGACGACGAGUUUCGACACAAAUUACAGGAGUUGGUGAAUGAAGCUAACUGUGAGGAGGUCCCGGAAAGAUGUAUCGAGAUCUUUGUGCCUAGCUCCAUAUUAGAGGACAACGUGUAUCUAGUGGAUACCCCUGGAUUCGGUGAAAGUGCACAAGUUACGAAGUCACUGGUGAAAUACCUUCCCAAAGCAAUUGGCAUCAUCUUUAUUCUCAACCCGACAGUCGCUCUUGGGAUUGCUGACGACAGAGGUGUUUUGAUACUAGAUGAAAUUAAACGGCUGCAAGCAGAGGACCAGUUGCCAUCAUUUGACCCUAGCAAAAUUAUAUUCAUCGCCAACAAAUGGGAUCAAGUAUCUGAAGAAGAAAGAAAAGACCAUCGGAGGAAAAUAAUCGAAAAAAUGGAGACCGUUUGGCCAAAUUUCCAGGAGAACCAAUUAUUGCCACUUAGCGUAAUUGAUGUUCUGAGAAUACAAAAGACCGGAGUUAUUAACGAGGAGUACAAAUCGGCAUUAGCAGACUACCAGACUGUUCUCGACAAAAUUCGUGUAGUCGUUGAAUGCUGUGCUAACGCCAGGUCACGAAAACACAUGGAGUUUUUAAGCAGGGUUUUUAAACAUAUAAAAACCUUCGUGGAUUCUUCAGUAACAUUUGUUAUCUUGUCCGCGGAGGAAAAACGCAUGAAAGUCGAGAGAUUGAGGACUCUUGUAUCCGGGAUGGAAUCCACAUACGAGAAGGGGAAGAAAGCUGUUGAAGGUUUUGCUGACGAUAUUGAAGAAAACUGGCGAAGAACGUUCAUCAAUAUUUGAACAAUGUGGAAAACAGGAAAUGAGAUUUUCCCCUGGAAAAGUAGCGAUAUGCCCAAGGGCAAAGACUAUGAUGAUGUCAAGCAAAGGGCUCGAGUUGCCAUUCGGGUUUUCAUUAGUGAGGCCAUUACUAAACGCAUAGCACUUUCUCAGAAUGAACUUGAAGAACUAGCUAAUAAAAUGUCUGGAUUAACUUUGGAGCUCAACAAAAUUCAAGAAGAAAUCGAAUGCCUUCUGAAAAAUGAUGACGAUAAAGCAAUGACCCAAACAGGAGAGAGCAACACAAUGUAUCUGACCGCAGGGUAUGACGACGGAUUCAGCAAGAAGAGUAAUUGCUGCCAUAGUAUUGACAUCACCGCUAUGGAUUCCACUGGGACUCGCUGCACUAGUUACAGUUCUUCCAGUCGGAGCUAUUGUUAACUUGGCGAAAGGGAAAAUGAAGAUUGCACGUUACAACGCAAACAAAAGAGAGCAUCUCGAAAGGUGGUCAGAAAAAAUUCUCCGAGGAUACUCAGAGGAAACACUACAGUAUACCAUAUUUAGUAGAAUCACUACGCAGAUCAACAAAGAAAUGAAACUAAUUGACAAGUCAAUUACAGAAUUCAAGUUAAUAUUACAGCAUCUUGAGAAAAACAUGCAAACGCAACAAGUACCUGACGGUUAUCAUGAGAUGAACGAGAUCUGUCGUCGGAUAGAGGAAAUGCUGACGAAGGUACAGCAGUCUUAGACAAAACAGGAGUGAACAAGAUCUGUCGUCGGAUGGAGGAAAUGCUGACCAAGGUACAGCAGUCUUAGACAAAACAGGAGUGAACAAGAUGUGUCGUCGGAUGGAGGAAAUGCUGACCAAGGUACAGCAGUCUUAGACAAAACUGGAGCUGAUAAAACAACGCAGCUAAAUCGGCUUUGGACAAAAAGAACAAAUUUAUCUGCUUUUUAUUUUUCAAAAAUAUUAAAUGAAUGUAAAUAAGCAAAGACAAACUGUAUUGAAUUUUCCAUGUUUGUCACCUUUAAAGGUGAUUCACAGGGUAUAGCACAAGGUAUGACAGUUUUAGAAAGUAAGGUUCUCACAUAUAAAAGUGUCCAAUAGGGACAGUGACAAAGAUACGGCGUCUAUAAAUAUGCUCCAUAAGGACAGCGAACAAGAUACAGCAGUCUUAGACUAGUAAAGAUCUCACCUAUAAAGGUGUUUCAUAAGGACAGCGAACAAGAUAUAGAGGAUAUCUAACAGUGUCUUCAGUAAUACCAAAUAUAUUUCACGAGUGGGGCUGAUAUUUUGAUAUUUUUCACGAGU